UGAGUUUAAAACCUAUUAAUUUUCUACUUUUAAAUACCUGGCGAUUCAACCAGUGUGACGAUUUUCCCGUCUGAUCCUCUCAGUGUGACAUUGGUUCACAGAUGACUGAAUACAUGUAGCGCUUCGCAACAACAAACGUUUUGUAACUCAACCUCGGAAGCUUUCGUAGUAACAAGAUGGCGACCUCCAUGAAAUGAUAUAUGGACAUAAAAAAGCAUGAAGUUUGUUUAAAGGAAUAAAAUGUGAUGAAGAUAAUUUUAAACAUUCGAAAAAUAAGUGGACAGUCUUGUUAGAUUAAAAUUUCGAAUGACAACGGAUUAAUUUAUUUUAAGUGGUGUAUUUACACAUUUUUUUAGUUGUUAGUUUUUAAAAAGGGAAACAUGACAGAAAAUAUAUGUUUUAAAAGUAUAUGGAUUUUACCAUUAUUAUUCUCUAUAACGAUAGCACAAGAUUUUAAUCUAGUUUGUCCAUCAGGUUGGACUAAAAGUUAUGAAAAAUGUUACAUCAUCGUGCCAACCUUAAGAUCAUGGUUAGAAGCUGACACAUACUGUCAAAAAUAUGGAGCGAGAUUAGCCAAGCCAUCAGGAUAUACCAUUAAUAACAUUGUAUCAAAUUUGUUUACCACUGCCAAUAAUCCCAUCACAGACUACUGGAUAGGAUACAAUGUCCGAGGUUUAACAAAUUCUCAACGUUAUGUUGGUUCCUGGAGUGAUGGUACGCCUACAACAGCAGAGGUUGGUGUAUGGGGAGAUUUCCAACCUGACACACCCAUGGGAUCAUGUGCUCGUGUGGACAGAUCACAUGAUAACAAAUGGUACAUGGAGUCAUGUGACAGGGUACUACAGUCAGUCUGUGAAUUAACACCAUGUCCUGACAACACCUUUCGAUGUACAACAACAGGAAGAUGUGUUGGUACUGCCAAUAUCUGUAAUGGUCAAGACGACUGCGGAGAUGGGUCAGACGAGAGAGCCUGCUUACAGCUACCUUGGACGGAAUAUUUUAAUGCAACUGAUUGUAAGUAUUACAUGUCUGGGAAUGGUGGACAGGUUACAAUGCCAAUCACUGGUUCAACAUACCCAGCCAGUUCUACAUGUAUUUGGACAAUAGAGGCCCCAGUGGGGGAGAGAAUACAAGUCCAGCUUUCUGAUCCUUCUACUCCACAGUUCACUCAGUUUAAUACAGAGGAAGAUAUUGAUGUCGUUGAGUUUUGGGAAGGGAGUCCUGCUCUGGCAGACAGUCGAUGUUUGGCUCGCCUCUCAGGCUCACUACCAGCUAGUUAUCAAGUUUUUAUAAGUUCUAAUAACUUCCUAACAGUGAGAUUUGUAUCUGAUGCUUCCAGACAAAGAAGUGGGUUUACUUUUACUUGGAGAACAGAUUUCCAGUGUCAGAUUGCUAAAUUAGCCAACAAGAGAUACACAACAGGUCAGCUAGGUGAUGUUUUGACCUUGACCAAUAACCAGGACCACACAACAUGUGAAUCUCAGUGUGCUUCAGCAAUAACUUGUACUGGCUUCUCAUACAACAAGAAUGACAACACAUGUUUCUUACUCAAACAAGUAGCUCUGCCUGUUGAUGAUAACUGCUGUGAUUUGUAUGUGAAGACUUGUCUCCAGACUACAGGUUACCCAGUAAGAGAUGAAAUUCCUUCCCUUGGAGGUUCAGUAACAGGGACAUCUUAUGAUCAGUUUAUCUACAGCCCUCUCUACCCUCUGCAACAUCCUGGGAACCUAGAAACUGUGUGGAUAAUACAGAGUUCUGGUAGUAAUGUUGUCAGCGUUGAGGUAAAAGACAUACAACUUUGUGGAUCUGAUUCAGUAGUUUUGAAAGAUGGUAACAACCCAGUCACACCUACUCUAAAGACCUUGACCUCUAGUAGUAAGUCAGGGGAGGUAAUCAUGUCAACAGGAAAUAGAAUGUAUGUCUACAUGAAGUUAAAAGAACAUCUGAAGUGUAGAGGUGUUCUACUGGCUUAUAGGGAAGGGUGCAAUUUUGAGAUAAAGAGUAAUGCAGGUACAAUAUUUACCCCUGGAUUUGGUGUGGUUAACUAUCCAGGAGUCCUGCAAUGUUUCUGGUCUAUAACAUCAGUCAACAAAAGACAGCUAAGACUACAGUUUAAUGAGUAUGAUGUAGAAAAUGCUAUGGAUUAUUUACAGGCCUGGUUAGGAGAUGAUGAUCAGGGUUCACCAAUACAUACAGGAAAUGGUUAUUCUGGAAGUAAACCUCCUCCAAUGGUGUCCACUACAGGACAGCUAGCUUUAAAGUUUACCACAAGUGCUGUUGGGAAUCGUGCUGGAUUUAGAGCCACAUAUACAACAGGAUGUAGCUUAUUGUCAGACCAAUCAUACACAGUUACCCCAUCAAGGACUUCUAUCAUAGAUGGUGAUAUCAUGAUAGUAAACUGUAAUACAGGAUACACAUUCCAGGCUCCAUAUGCAGGGGAAGCACAUGUUGCGCUCACUUGUCAACCUGAUGGAGAAUAUGAUAAAACUGUCCCAGUUUGUUCACAGGCAUUUUGUGGUAAGGUACCAGCCAUAGCAAAUGGUUAUGUACAAUCAUCUACUGGAUUAUUUGGAGGGAACCAGGCAGUGUAUUUGUGUAAUCCAGGGUUCACUCCUCCAACUGGAACUUCUUUAACCAUCAAUUGUCAGGGUAACAGUUUAUGGGAGGCACCUCCUACCUGCACAGCCAAUCCCUGCAGUGGCCAACCUUUAUCUGUUCCAUCUGGUCGUAGAGAAAUUGUAAAGGGAGAUGGAACAUCACAUGGCAGUAUAUUAUCAUAUUCAUGUGACCAGAACUAUGAGCUGAUUGGUCCAUCUAGGAUUGAAUGUAAAAAUGGAGCAUGGUCAGGAACUACACCAAGAUGUCAGAAUAUUAGAUGUCCUCCUCAGUUCAUCACCAAUGGAACAGUUAUCUUCAGUGGUGUUUUAAAUCAGGGAGAUGAUGUAACUGUGAACUGUAACACUGGAUUUCAAGCGACUGGUACCAAUCCAUACAAAUGUGGACAGACGCCUCCAACAUGCCAGAAUGUUGAUGAAUGUACAGCAGGGACUGCGACAUGUAAUCAGAAUUGUGUGGACUAUUCAGGAGGAUAUUAUUGUACAUGUAACAGUGGAUACAAACUGUCCACCAAUGAUCCUAGUAUCUGUGGAGAUAUUGAUGAAUGUGCCUAUAACAAUGGAUAUUGUGACCACAGCUGUGUUAAUGUUGCCGGAUCCUACAACUGCUCCUGUAACUAUGGAUACGACCUUUAUACAUUCAAUGGAUUCCAAGGAUUGAACCUUCAAGCAGGAGAAGAUGGGAAGUCACCAUGGCAUACUUAUCAUAUUGCUCAUUCUUGUGUGUUAAAACAAUGCCCAAUGCCUAGCCAGACAAUAGGUCAUGGAAGAUCAUUGACCUUACAAUUGACCUUUACCCAGGGUGACUCCGUCCAGUAUUUAUGUGAUGUUGGGUAUGUUGUUUCUGGGUCUAAUUCUGCCACAACAACUGUAUCUUGUCAGGGAGAUGGGACGUGGAGUCCAGCUAUACCUACAUGUAUACCUGCCACAUGUUUCCUGGAUGUAGUUGCCGAUAGUAACACCACACCAACUGGUAGUAUUAAUUACAAUAGUGCCUAUACUCUCCAGUGUGACAAUACCAACAGUACUGGAGUGACUCUGAGGAGAUUUUGUGCCUAUAAACCAGAUACCAAACGUUAUGGUACAGUUGGAGAUAAUUUGAAUUGUCCAGCUGUUGAUUGUGGCGCCACCACAGCUAUAUCUGGUAGUAACCCUUUCUCCAAUACCUGUACUGUGUAUGGCUGUAGUUUUAUAUUCAGUUGUUCAGGGAGCUACCAACUAGCAGGAACCAGUGGUAGUGGGGAUACAGUUAUCAGAUGUGGUGUAGAUGGAAGGUGGGACUAUGGUGAUUUACGAUGUAUCAGUCCCCUAUGUACGGACCCAGGGACCCCACCAGAUGCUACACAGGUAGCCACCAGCUACGAAAUUGGUACUGAAAUAACUUAUCAAUGUAAAAGAACUGGUUAUGCCCCUUCGUUCUCCACUCCACUCAGAUGCCAGGCAGUAGGGAAUACUGUACAGUGGAUUCCUUCAACUCCACCUUCAUGUGUUGAUAUAACAAAACCCACUUUUCUGAACUGUAUUACAUCUGACCUCACUGUAGAGUUGUAUAAAGCACCUAAUCAUGCUGUUCCUUCUGCUACUGAUCAGUCUGGCUUUGUCCAGUCUGUGACCACUGUCCCUGCAAACUACAGGCCAACACAUGUGGUACCUAACUCAAUAGUGGUCACUUAUACAGCUAAAGAUGGCAAUAAUAAUGAGGGAACUUGUAGUUUUAAUAUACAAAUAAAGGACCAAAUUCCACCAACAAUAACUUGUUCCACACCUUCAGCCUAUGUUAUUACAUCACAGUCCAGUACCAUCAGAAUAGAUCCCAAAGAUUUAGUGACGGCUGUAGAGAGUGGAGCACAAGUAACAGCUAAUUCUGGGAUAUUUACCCUCACUUAUAAUGAUGUUGGUAGAGUGAGAAUGAUCACACUUACUGCCAUAGAUGCUGCAUCAAAUACACAGUCGUGUACUGUACAGGUGUAUACUACAGUACAAAAUAGAUGUCAGCCAUGGUUGAUCACUGCAGAAAAUGCCCAGAAGAUAUGUACAGCUAAGUCUGGGAACACUGGAUUUGACUGUACAUUUACAUGUAACUCUGGAUAUUACUUCUCUAACAGUAUCAACACAAACACUAUCUCUACCAGCUGUUUUAAUAAUAAUGACUGGAGCACAUACCCAUCAGCUUGUAUAGCGAGAAAUCCAGCAUACUAUAGACAGUCGUUUGUUUUACGUUAUGGAACUGGUAUCCUGGGUGAUCCUACUGGUUGUACCAGUAACUAUCAAUCACAGCUCCAGAACCAGUGGAACAGUAUGGCCACAAACUUACAGAACAUGUGCCGUAACUCUCAGCCAGCUUAUUCUAUAUCAAUAUCAUCUCCUGUUGACACGCUAGUGUCCAGGUUAGGGGUGGAAUAUAGCAAUGGAAUUGUUUAUGCUACUUUCACUUUUGAUAUGACACCAGCUAAUUAUGUGGACACUGCCUAUCAAUCCUGUGCUAAUUUAAUCUCUAACGCUUUCGUCAACAAGCAGUCAGAGUUAGCUCCCAUUUUACAAUUAUCAGCCAGUGGAUCCUGUCCCACCGUGUCUUCUGCUUCUGUGACCUACGACCGAGUCCUGAAGAAUUAUUUUGUCUGUACAACAAAUGCUGGAGUUCAGUAUGUCUCAGCAGAAUCAAAGUCUGUUUGCUUUGACUGUGCCCUUGGACACUACUCCAGUGAAAAGCGUCAGUGUUUGGAAUGUACUUUUGGAUUUUAUCUGUCCACACCAAACCGUGACAGCUGUGAUGCUUGUCCAUCAGGAACCAAUAGUAGAAAGACAGCCUUGACCAGACAGACGGAUUGCUAUCUUACCUGUCCUAAUGGUUUUACAUCAACCACUGGACAAGCUCCCUGCUACCAGUGUGCUGCUGAUUCCUAUUCCUCCAAUGGUCAAUCAUGUACCACAUGUCCUAGUGGCAAGAAAACUAUUGGAGUUGGCAAAUCUACUGAAUCAGAUUGUAAAAAUCCAUGUCCAGCUGGGUACUACUCAUAUAAUGGUUUAGAGACAUGUACAGCUUGUCCAAGGAACUUUUAUCAGGCCAAUACAGGUCAGAGGCAAUGUCUGGAGUGUCAAGGUGAUAGGAUCACGCAGGCUGAAGGAAAGAUUUCACCAGCUGAUUGUGUCAGUGGUUUUGCAUCAAUCUGUACAGGUAUUUGUCAGAAUGGAGGAACAUGUCAAGUCCUGAACCAUGAUUACUACUGUACAUGUCCACCAGGUUAUACUGGUCCAACAUGUGAGACAGAGAUCAACCCCUGUGAUAGUCAGCCAUGUUUUAAUGGAGGACAGUGUACAAAGACUGGUGUACUCACCUUUACAUGUACUUGUACCAGCAUUAUUGGAGGAAAAAUUGGUGCUGCUGUAGGCUCAGGAGAUCGUUUUAGUGGCAACCUGUGUGAGAAUGAUAUAGAUGAUUGUGAGUUUACCAGUGGAUUUAAUCCCUGUAACAAUGGUUCCUGUCAUGACCUGGUUGGUGGAUACACCUGUCUAUGUCCAUCUUACUCAGGAUUUACUGGGUCAACUUGUACAACUCCAAAAAAUCCUUGUGUUGAUGACCCGUGUGUAAAUGGACAAUGCUCAUCUUAUGGGGCCAUCAGAAGGAAAUGUAUCUGUAAUAGAGGAUAUACAGGAGAGGACUGUGAAACUAAUAUAGAUGAGUGUUCACCUAAUCCAUGUGCUAAUGGUGGGACAUGUAUAGACAAUGUCAACAGUUUUACCUGUAUGUGUCCUUCAGGAUACUCUGGCACUUACUGUCAUGUCAGAGGACAAUCGAAUGUGUGUGCUGGGAGCUGUGGAUCAGGACAGACCUGUGUGGAUUUCUAUCCUGAAUCUAAACCUGUCUGCAUGUGUGCUAAUGGUUAUAAUGAUAAUGGUGGAGUUUGUCAGCUAAUGAAUUACUGCACUGCCAACAGCUGUUUGAAUGGUGGCACAUGUUUCUCCUCCUAUGGUGGCUAUAUCUGUAGAUGUGCUCUGGGUUACUCUGGGCCUAGUUGUCAAUUCAUCGUAGAUAACUGUGCUGCUCAGCCGUGUGUUAAUAAUGGUGUCUGUACCAAUGGGGUCAACUCCUAUACAUGUACUUGUCCAUUAACUGGAACAGGAGGAUCUCUGUGUUUAGACAACAAAGAUAACUGUGCUCCCUACCCUUGUGUUAUAGCCAACACCAUACAAUGUUUUGACAGAAUAAAUGAUUAUUACUGUAGAUGUAAGGCAGGCUUCAGAGGCCAGAAUUGCUCAUUAGGAAACACAGAUUGCAACAGUUUUCCUUGUCUACAUGGUGGCACUUGUUCUGCCACUUCCACAGGUUACCAAUGUGCAUGUGCCACUGGUUGGUAUGGUAACAACUGUGAAAACAUGAUAGAUAACUGUGCCCCAACAUCACAGUGUGCUAAUGCUGCUACCUGUUAUAAUACAGUCAUAGGGUACCAGUGUUUAUGCCCUACUGGUUUCCGUGGUGACAAAUGUGAUGUUGAUUACAACUUAUGUACCAUUACCUCCCCUUGUGUUGGUCCAAACAGUACCUGUUCCUUGAGUAAUGGUGCACCAUCUUGUCAAUGUGCUAGUGGAUAUCAAGGUGAUAGUUGUAAUCAGAAGACAGUAACAUGUAGCCUUACUACCUGUCAGAAUGGUGGUACCUGUCAGGAAUCUGGAGGUAGUGUUACCUGUAUCUGUGCACCUGGCUAUAAUGGACAGAACUGUGCUACAAACAUUAACGAGUGUGCUGGGAAUCCCUGUCCCACUGCAUCUACAUGUAUAGAUGGUAUUAAUACAUACUCUUGUCAGUGUAAUGAUGGAAAGAUUGGAGCUAACUGUGACAAAGAUUUGAGUUAUAAGUUUGACAUGAUAUUAGAGCCAGGCCUGCAGUGUGGGGAUACAGAAGGAAUCAGUAUGAAUACUGUGUUCGGUCUUGCUACAACAAAACUGUCUGUUUCUGUGUGGGUCAGAUUUACAUCAACCACUCCCAGAGUCAUUCUGUCUCUGUAUGCCUUAGAUUCGAUGUCAGCCACACCCGAGAAGAUUUUAGAGAUAGGAAGUAAUGGAGUAUCUGGUAGUAUAAGUGGCAAUACUUAUAGCAUGCCAUACGGUACAGGAAGUAGUGUUGUAAACAUACGUAAUGGUAUCUGGCAUCAUGUAGUAGUCACAUGGAACGCCCUAAAUGAAGAGAAUCCAAGCAAUAAGAUUGGUCGUGUAUUCCUUUAUGCUGACAACACGUUAUUAGAGAGAAGGGAAAAUAUUGGGACAAGCUAUACUCUACCUACUUAUGGUUACUUAGUAGUGGGAGGGACAUAUGACACCUCAACUAAGACAGUGACAACAGCCAAUGGGAUCUCUGGGAAAGUUUCCCGUCUUAUCCUGGCCAAAGAGGAGUUUCUGUACACCAGUACCGUCAGCUCUCUGUACACUAAUGUUGACUACUUGCCGACCAGCAACCUGAUUAAUAUGCCUAUCAUGUAUAUCAUUGAGAAGGGAGCUUCGUUAAUUGAUUACCAGAGUGAACUAAGUGCUGGUGUAUGUAGAACAGUCACUACAUGUAACUUGGCUUCAGAUUUCCCCUCAGUAAAUUGUCCUGGUGACCUCUCAGUGGUAUCAACUGAAAGGGUCAGUUACCCUGUAUGGACAGAGGCAUCCUAUGGCAAUACAGAUUCAGGAAGAAUUUUCUAUAACAUCAGAUCGGGUGGUGAGUUGACAUGGAAGACCUAUGCAGUAUCAUCAGUAGGGUAUAUGGCAGACAACAAUGCAGCUGUUUGUGUAUUCAGGUUCUACAAUAAACGAGGUUCAUGUUCCUCAGUAACUCCAGCUAACCCUGUCGGAGGCACUGAAAAUUGUAGUCCACUGUCAGAUGGCGAGAGAUGUACCAUUAGUUGUAACCAGAUAGACCACAAACCUUCACAACCAGGGCCAUACUAUUACUCUUGUAAUAAAUAUGGCAUGUUUGAUAUGGAGGACAGACUGGAACCAUUCUCAUAUCCACCAUGUGCUUCUGCUAUAAGUCGAACAGUCAAUGUCAAGCUGAAGAUAGAUUACGAUCUGACAACAUCCUGUCAGGCUUAUAUUGCAUCUUUACAGUCGCAGAUGCGGACCUCUUUUAAUGGUGUCAAUGGUCAGUGGCAACAGAAUUUGUGUAAUGGUCCUAACUGUCAAAGUGUACCUGUAUCAGUCACCUGUAAGUCCAGUACACUGGCUGAAGUAGAGGUCAUCUUUAAUACAGUCAAGGAUCCCAUUAUAAACACACAGUCACACAUUAGAAGUCCACAAGAUGUUGUUGCCAUUGCUGUUGUGGAUGACAAGACCAUCACAUAUUCAGAUGCUGUACCCAGGCAGUCCACUUUGGAAUUAACAUUGGUACCCUAUUGUGUCGAAGGUCAACAAAUAGUGGGUAAUUUCUGUGUUUCCUGUGCUCCUGGUAGUUUUUAUGAUAGAGGUACUGCCAAAUGUACACAAUGUCCCAUUGGUCAAUACCAAAGUUUAACAGGUCAAACAGCAUGUGUUAGUUGUCCAUCAGGACAAACAACAUACAACACUGGAACACAGGCAGAUACAUUAUGUUUCCAAUCUUGUACCGUUGGAUGGCAUUUUUCCUUAUCAACUGGUGCAUGUGUUUUCUGUCCAAUCGGAUUUUAUCAACCAUCACCUGGAUCAUUCCAUUGUCUAGGAUGUGAUGCAGGUCUCACCACUGCUGUACCUGGUUCGUCACUAGCAGGAGAUUGCCUUGAUCCAGCCCUUAUUACAACAACUGCAGACUCCCUCCCAGAUACUGGUGCAUCAGAGACUGGAGGUGGAUUAACUAGUGCUGAAAUUGCUGCCAUAGUUCUAGGAAUAUUUAUUUUCCUCCUGCUCCUCCUGUUACUCCUGUUCUGCUGCUGUAGGGAUAGAUUGCCUUGCUUUGGUAAAGGAGUUGUUGAACCAGAUGAUAAGACACCAUUUAAACAUGUCAACAGAUAUGGUGAGACAGAUCUGUAUUUCACUAGUUAUAAGCUGAAUGAUAUCAGAGAAAAACGAGGAAUAAGACCACCGCGCCCCAGAGCACGCGUGCAUCGUAAACCUGAGAGUACACAGUACUAUGACACUAAACCAAUUUAUGACUACUCUGGAGAGGACACACGUAGUGUUCAUACAGAUAUAUCAUUGACUGUUCCUGUGUUCUUAGAGAAACUUGAUGGCAGUGUGUCUAACAGGCAUACCUAUAUUUCUAGAAAUGGUACAGCCAGGUCAGAAUUAAUCUCUGACCUUGAUGGAAUGGAUAGAGUUAAGAAGUUGAAAAAGAAAACAAAGAAAAAGAAACGUAGAAGUCAACGUCCAGUAGAAUAUGAAGAAAAUAUCUAUGAUGAAAUACCUACCAGUACACCCAGGAGUAUGGCACCGCCAGUGCCACAAUUACUAAGGUCACUUAAACCCUUACCAAAAAGACUUAAAACUGAAAGUGAGGCUUCAUUUGCUUCUUAUUCUGGACGAUCAAGAACUGACCCCUCAUCAUCAGGGGUAUAUAGUAACCACGAUUAUUCAAAGCCAAAGAAGGAGCAUGCAAUCAAAAUAGACUCUGAUAAUGAAGACCUCAGAUAAUUAGGACCCACGAUUGUUAAAGGCCAGAAUGAGAUUUAGUUUUAAAGAGUCCUAAAACUGGAAGUUUUUGGACAGAUUUUUAUAGAUUGUCAAGUCAGACUGUUAUUAACAUAAUCAAAAUAUUAGUGAUGCAGGAUUACUCAGACUGUGAUUAUAAAAGUUAGAUUAUGCAUAUAUAUAUAUAUUUAUAUUUUUCUAUCAGUACUAAAUUAUUCUUCAUCAAUGAGAGAAACAAAUAAACCUCAUUUUUCUAUAUUUGAAAUAUAUAUGCAACUCUUUUAAACUUUUUUCUCUGUUUUAUUUCCAAUUAAGAGAUAUCCAUGGAUUAAAUUGAUUGUUGGUAUUGACACCACUUUCUGUAUGUGUGACUUUAACACAGCAGUCAAGAGAGACACAGAAAUAUUUAUUGAAAUUAUAAGUGUUUUUAAAGUUGUUUUUUUUAUUAAAUAUAUGAGUGAUUUUAUCUUUGAAAAUGUGUACAGAUAUUUAUUGUUGGUAAAAAAAUGUGAUAUGUGAUAUUUAAAACAAAUUUGUUUUAAACUGAAGACUGUGAUAAAUACAUGUUUUUUGUGUAGCUUUAAAAAAUACUAUAGUAUGAGUGCUGUAUAUAUGGAUUUCUAUUUUAUGUUGUUAUUCUUAACAUGUCAAAAUGAGGCUCCUUCUAAUAUUGUUUACUUUACACUUUCAAGGGGGUCUCAUUGGGGGGUUCCGAUCCCAGAUCUUGCUUACUGUCUUGUUAGAAUCCCAUAUCCCGCUUACACUAAGUGCGUAAGCAAUUCUCAAUUUUUUGUCAUUUCCCGGGUCUCGCAAGACCUCAUUUCCUGUUUUCACGACACAAUAAUUUGAAUUUCAUGCUUAAGAAAAAUCGUCAAUCCUGCAUCACGCUUAGACCCCAAUAAGACCCACUUUCAAAUAAGUAUAAAAAGUUGUGAAUUAGAUCAGUACAUUUUUCAAGGAAUAUGGAGCUCAUUUGGAUCUUGUCACACAGUUUAUUAUUUUUUUUCAUAAUGAUUAAUUUAUUGGAAAACA